GGUAUGGGAAACACCAGCUCAAAACAGUCAUGAACACACAACAGCGUUGGAUUUGGAUCUUCAUUUUCGUCGGUGCUUCUGCUGCGGUUGGUCAACGCAGAUCAUCUGCACCACACACAUGGAACGCUUCAAUCCAGCAUUGUAAGGAUGGCGGUAAAGAGGUUUUCAAUCCUCUGGAGCAGAGCCAGCAGGAGACCCUCAUACAAGGUGUUAACAACACAGUUGAGCACUAUUGGACGAGUCUUCAUGCAUCAAACGAGUCCAUCGAAGUUUUUGAAUGGAAAGGUAUAGGAUUUUAUGAAAAGAUAUCACAAGUUCCGUUGCCAUGGAAACCCGGCGAAAGACCCAGCGGAACAUCUAACAAUUCUUGUGUUGCUGUAGAAGUAACAAAGUUGUCCGUCUCCUUUUACCUGGAGGACUGUUCAACAAUGCUAUUCUCCCACUGCAGAACGGUGAAUGCCCAGAUACUGUUUACUCGUUAUGAAGACCCCUUCCCCGAUCUGCCACUAGCUCCCCUAAUCCUGAAUUUGACGGACGUCGAAACAUCUGCGUCCUGUGCCCAGGAGUGUGUGGAGAGGACCACUUGUGUCACGUACACUUACCUGUCCGCGACACAGGCAUGCCAUCUCUUUGAUACCCGCAAGGUGGAGACAGAUAAGAAUGUUACCAAGACAAUUGCAAGAUGUGCAACACUUGUUGUUCCGGAUAACAGCAAAAAUAUGAACGGCCUCAGCAACAAUGUCGGUGAUGUCCACAACGUCAGCUGCAUAGUGGAUUACACACCAACACCCUCGGCUGUGUCCUGUCAACCGAACGGAAGGUGGACUGAGUACCCAUCUUGUAUCGCUGGUGAUGUCCGCGAUUGCCUGUCAGGUCAGGUGUCCUAUGAAGGAAUAUGUUACCAGAUCCCGGACAGUCCGAUGACGUGGUAUACGGCACACCAGGUUUGCCAAGCACUUGGAGGUCACGUACUUGAGGUCAAGGACGCAACGAAAAUGACUGUAGUGGAUAAGCUGUUGCUCGGAAGAGAGAAUGAGACGUUUUGGAUUGGAGCCUCCGAUGAAAUAAAGGACACGUGGUUCCACUGGACACGAGAGUACAACAAGAUCUCGUACACGAGAUGGCACAGUGAAGCCGGCGACCCCUCGGGCCACUGUGUCCAACUGAAGCGGACGUGGAAUGGCGUGGAUAAGGGAAAGUUCUUCUUCGACGCAACCAACUGCUCACAGCCUACAUACUCUAUAUGUGAAAUUGGGAGGCAGCAUGUUGGCGACCACUGUCACGACGAUAGCUGGUGCAGAGGGAGGUCAUCUUGCAAUGCGUCUCAAUGUAGAUGCAUGUACCCGUACAACGAAACGGUGGGGUCCAGCGCUUCCGCUGUCUGUGAUAGAGAUUGGACAUUGUACAACGGCUACAGAUUUAGUGAGAUUCCUGAUUCGCUGCCCCACGAUAUAGCCAUGGCAGCCUGUAAAAGGGAGGGCGGUGCCCUCAUGGCGCCAAUCUCCCACAUGAUGGACUCAGCCCUCAGACAGUUCUACGCAAGAAGAGGCUACGACAAAGCCAUGUACUACUGGUCUAGUCUGAAGAAGAACAAUUCCAAGUACGAAGAUCAGGGUAUUGCUGAAUUUGACGACAUUUUGGAGGAUUAUCUCCCCUGGCGAAAUGGACGUAGCAGCACACCGGCGUUCACGUCGACUGGCGACUGCAUUGUGUUUGAAGUCAGCAAGGCGGGGCCUAAGUUGUUCAAACACUCGUGCACAUCCAAUACACCCGCUCUGUGCUCGAAGGUCAACAGCUCUGAACGUGCUACGGUCCAGCUCGGUUCAUCUGUAUCCUUGGAGCCCAUGCAGACUCUGUGGACCAGCACCAGUGACUGGUGUGGAGCAGAGUGUCUCAGCCAGGCUCGGUGUACCUCGUACGGAUUUACAACGUCGGACAGUACAUGUUGGCUGUUCAACGACACGACGAGCACUGGGGAAGCAACGACCAUGGACUACUGGACACGAUCUGCAUGUGCCCCGAUAACAUCGGUACUUUAUGGUACGGUUAGCGCGGUGGCAGGAACGACUGCUGUUAGCUCUGAGGUUACAUACAACUGCAACAACUUCACCGCCCACGUAGCCAACAUCAGCGUCACUUGUCAGGGCAACACACUGUGGACACAACUCCCAAUGUGUCAACCGAAUGACCAGCCUUGUCCUGAGAACUGGAUGAGGCGGGGCUCGAGCUGCUACCUGAUCGUAGAGGAGACCCUGAGUUGGUCAGCUGCAGCUGAAGCAUGUGAGAACAGGAAUGGCUAUCUGGUGGAGAUCAAUGACGACGAAGAGAGACAGUUUAUUGUGGAUAUACUGGACUUUGAUAGAGAUUUGGUUGUGUGGACUGGAGGCAACGACAUUGGUCUGCAACACUGGUACCGAUGGCGUCAGCAUCCAUUCACAGACAUCACAGUACUGGACUGGUUCCCAGGAAAAGACAACAUCUCAGCUGAGCCAACAGGGUACAUUUUGAACGAUGGCGUACGGGAAAAUCAAGACUGCAUAGAGCUGAGAAAGAGUUACGAUGAUUAUUACGCUGGUAGACACUACUACAGUGACACCGACUGUGAGGAGAAACAAGCUUUUGUGUGUGAAACUAAGGUGUUCAACGUGGGCUCCCCAGGCUGUGCAGCAUACCCGGAAUCCCCGUGUAAAUCAAUUGCCGAGUGUAUCAACGACCAUUGCGUGUGUCCGAAUGGCACAUACAGGCAGACAGGCCAAGAUGGACAUAACAAUGCCAAGUGUGAUCUCAUUCAACCAGUCGGCGGUAAGGGAUGCAAAUCAAGGAACGAUCUCUGCUUCAAUCAGUCAGUCUGCAUCAACGACUGGUGCAAAUGUCCCUCACCGCUAAUCCAGAACGGUCAAAACAACAGCUACGUCACCACGUGUGAAUCAGAUAUACCUGGGUGCAGUGGUGAUUGGCGAGCAUAUGGCAACAAGUGUUACAAGCUGUUCACCUCGAGAGUAACUGACCGAAACCCAGACCAGGAAUGUAUACAGAAAGGCGGGCUGCUUGCCUCCCCAGUAGAUCAGGAUUUCAACGACUUUCUUCUCCUGUUGGGAUCGCGCAGUAACAAGUGGAUGAGUCUUCACGGCCGGGAGGGGGAGCUGCGGUGGGCAGAUGGGACAGUCAUGGGUGCCGCCAGCAACUACACCAACUUCCGGUCAGGGACCGGCAACAACAUACUGGUCAACGAGACUUGUGUCUAUCUCAGUAUUCAGGGUGGAUGGGUCAAAGAUAAAUGCUACGCCACUUCUCCUUCUGCGUAUGUCUGUGCCACUCCUAAAUUGUGCCAUACUCUUCCACAAGUAUCCAAUUCUGUCAACAAGACAAUGUCAGAGUUUGUACCUGUGGGCACUGUAUACGAAUAUCAGUGUGACUCCGGGUACGUCAUUGAUGGGGUACACACUGGGAGGAUUAUCUGCCAGCCUAUCAUGGCUUCGUCUGGGACAUCUAUAUGGGAUCCACCUCCGUCGUGUGUCUCGCUAGUGGACAGUGUGUUUGGUGAUGCAGAAGAGGGGUACGGACUGACCGCCACACCAGCUAUGAACGCGACAGACAUACAGACGUGUGCUGAGACUUGCUACAGCAAUGGGGAGGCUUGUGUCGCCUUCAGCUUCUUAGGGGUCCUCUGUCAACUCUAUACAGCAGUCAGUCACCUGUCUACUGACUUCAUACCAUUCCCACCUGGGGCCACCGUGAAGAAACGAAUAGCAUGUCCGUCUGUACCCGUGGUCAGUAACGCUGUGGUGACGACAGGGACCAACCGGACAGUGGGCAGUGUGCUCACCUAUGCCUGUACACCCCUCGGGCGGAUCCUGCCGGGGAGUAGUUUGUCCAUCACCUGUAGAGACAAUGGCCAGUGGGAGAAGUUUCCGAUUUGUCAAGACCGAUUCCAAACCUUCCUCAUUGACACUGAAGACUGGUUCUCCAGCACCAAGAGGAAAGCUUACUACAACAUCCAGUCCCUCCAAGACUGUCAGAUGAAGUGCAUCACGGAGAGAGAGUUCCGGUGUCUGUCUGUCCACUACGACUAUGGCGACUGUGUGUUGUACAUGAACAGACUCAACAACCAAUCCAGGGAUGGCGUGGCGGAACACUCCACCGUCAGCAUCUAUGCCGAGCUGAGAGAAUCAGACCUGAAUGAGUUCCAUACUGUGUACAAUAUGGCUGUGACCGGGAUGCCGACUGGCCACCUGACCCUAAAGUCUAUGGAGGAGUGCGCCCAGGCGUGUCUCCAGGCACAGUAUGUGUGUCUGGCAGUAGUGUAUGACACGGCCAGUAACAGCUGUCGUCUGUAUGACACGAUACAGGACACCCUCGUCACUUAUGACAGUUAUGUGUUCAAAAGACACCUGGGUUGUGAUCCACCCCAAGUCGUAUCAGGGAUGACGUCAUCGGAUGUGAUCCGCAAAGUAUCAGGGCGGUACAGCGUGGGCGAUCAGCUUCGGUACACGUGUACUAAUCUAGGGGAGGGUUUCACAGACAAACAGGAUGGACUAGUCCAUUGUCAGCAAGGGGGCAAGUGGACCAGGCUACCGACCUGUAGAAAUCUGUGUGAGACGGGGUGGUACUACUGGAACGGAAGCUGUUACAUGGUAUAUGAGACGCCACGCACCUUCAAGCAGGCACACGCUGUGUGUACCGACGUAGACGCCACGCUGCUCAACGUCAACAUGGCGUAUGAACUCAACUUUACAGACCAAAUAAGACAGAACAAGAGCAUGGUGGACACGAGGUUCUGGCUCGGACUGUACACUGAUCUGGGCACCUGGAGAUGGACAGCGCCCUAUAUCGGGGACAUGGAGGCCCUAACCAUGGAAGUGCCGGUCGUCCAACCUGAGUCAGCCAUUGUCGUCGAUGUUGCUGCCAAUACUCUGAUAAGAUUCAGCAUCCUAACAGACACCGCUGCAUUUGUGUGCAAGAAAGCCCUGCCAGAACUAAGUUGCCCCGACGACUGGUACUACUUCAACAACACCUGCUACCACAUCCCCACUACUGCGGCUUCUUCGUAUGGAGAUGCGGAAAGUUCGUGUAGUGACCAGGGAUACACCCUCGUCACACCCCAUAGUGCCGUCGACAUGGACUUCAUCAAGUACACCGUUGAAAUGUCCGGUGUGGCGGGUUAUGCGUACACGGGUCUGAUGAAGCCGGCCAACGAGGACUGGAAGUAUGCUGAUGGUUCCAUCCACGACUGGACACAUGCAACGGGGGUCGCUGGAGAGAUUCUACAGGAGAUGUGCUACCUGGUCGGUGCCACUGACGUCAGAUUAGCCUCCUGCACAGAGUCAAGACGCUUCGUUUGUCAAGCACCACUGGCGAUGGUGGGCGUGGCCACGGACUACAGCAACGUCCCGUGUGUGACUGACCGCUUCUGUGAAGCAGCUGGACUCAAGUGUAUCGGGUACUCUCGUGGAGGACUCGUGACACCACCAACAUGCCGACAUCCAGAUUGCCCUUCUUCGAUGAGAUAUGAGUAGGGGAAGAUGUUUCUUGAUCUCUGACCGGAAAGACAACUUCGCCGGUGCAACAGCAGAGUGUGGGAAACUUGGCGGGAGAGUGGCAUCUAUUGGAUCAAUGGCAGACAACAACGUAUGGCUGGAACUAU